GAAAGUAGAAAGUUUGAUAAAAAUAAAACGAAAGAAGGAAAAUAUGAAAGUAAAACCUGGUCAACAUGGUCAUUAUUUUCUUCCUGAAAGUGUCAACAACCUGGUUAAAUCAAUGACUCAAUGUUCUGCUUAUUCACUUUACAUAUGACAUGUAAAAUUGGUGGUCACUGUUGAAAAAUAUUGACCAUUAAAAUGAUACGAACAAAACAUUGGAAGAUUGUUAUCAGAUGACUUGGUUGAGUAAACUUGUAUUCACCAAUGGAAUUGGAAUGUCCUUUUGUUGGCAGAAGAGCACAUUUUGAAGCUUUGAUAGAAAGAUGGCAGGAUUUAAGAUGUGUCGGAGUGUAUGGGAUGAGAUCUAUAGGCAAAUCACGAUUUGUGAAACAGUUAUUACAUUUUAUAUCAAAACACUUCAAUGACAAUGAUUACACAGCUGCAUGGGUGGAUCUCAGAAAUCUUCAGUCACUCAGACAAAUUUUUCUCAAUUUAUUUGAAAAAUGUGAAAUACAUCAAUCUAUAGAUGGAGAUGAUGAUGAACUCUACCAGGCCAUUUUAACUUAUCUUUCAAAAACAAACAGAACAUUUUUCAUCAUAUUCGACAAUGCUGAGGAUGCAAUUGAUUCCGAUUUCAAUCCUGAUUUUAUUAAUCUCAUAAAAGAUAUCUCAGAUCAAAGUGCAAAGGUCAAAGUGUUAAUAACAUCAACUUCUCAUUUGCAAGGUCAUGACUUUUGCCAUGGUGAUGUAUACCAGUAUGUUGAGUUACUUCCCCUGUCAAUGCAGGAAUCAAGAGAGUUAUUGCAUAUGUCAGCCCCAUCUGUUGACUUUGGAAUUUACCUUGAUAAAAUAGUAGAGCUUUGUGAGGGUCUUCCUCUUGCUUUGUUGUUGACUGGUUCUGAGCUAGAGCAGAAUGAUGGGUUGUUGGAGCCAUGUGAUAUGGUGGAACUACUGAACAAGUGUCGUCUGAAAGUUCUUAGUCAAGAUUUAUAUCCAAUCCAAGAGAGAAUUGCUCCAAUGUACAGACAGUUCUUAAACAGAUUAUCCACAAUACUAAAAGAGAAGCUUGGAAUACUCAGUUACAUUCCAGGGACAUUCUCUGCACAACAGGCAGCAAGGUUGUUGGAUGAGGAGAGUGACGACAUUACCAUGACAGAAACACUGAUUCCUAUUGUACAACGCCAUGUGGUACAGUAUGACAAACCUACAAAGAGAUUUGAUAUACAUGGUAUAUUGAGAGACUGUAUUUCAGAGUUCUUGAAAAUACAAAAUCUACCAGAAAUAAGGAAAAGAUACUGCAAAAUGUUUGCUGAGCUUAUGCAUGACAUUUGUGAUAAGAUGGAGACUUCACAGUAUGCAGAGGCCCUGAGUAUGUAUAAUAUGGAACAGCAGAACUUUCAAAAGCUGAUGACAGAUGUAAUGUACACCACUGAGGACACUUACCCAGUAUAUGUAGAUCUGGCCACAACAGCCUUCCCUACUAUGACUAGAUUUGUUGGAGACAACAAGUCCUUGUUGGAUACCUUUACCUUCAUAGAGAAAGUUCUACAAUUAACCAGAAGUAAUAAAGAAGAAUUAGAUGAGGCAUUUGUCAGUGUGACCUAUGGUAGUGUUCUUACUAAUCUAAAGGGAGAUUUUCUUGAAGGAGAAAAAAGUUACAAUUAUUCCAUAUCUGUGAUGGCUAAGUAUAAUGUGUCUACCUGUUUGAUGAAGAUAAGAGCUCACCAGGGUCUGGGAUGGAAUCUUGGAUGUCAGGGGAAAUCAGCAGAUGCACUGAGUACCCUGAAGAAAGCUUUUCAAUAUGAAACAGAACUUGGUAUGGAGAAUGAAGAACUAAUUCUACAAACUUUACAGUGUCUGGCUCUCUUUAACACAUUUGCAGGAUUUUUGGAUGAAGGAGAGUUUUACCAUUUGAAAGUCCUGAAGAAGAGAAGAGCUCUUUACGGCACAGAUGAAAACCCUUCCAUUGGAGCAUGCUUCAAUAAUAUGGGAAUUUUAUACAAACAAAGGGGAGAUCAUUCCAAAGCUUUGGAGUAUUAUCAGGCAGGACUUGAUAUUAAAAGAAAAACAAAAGCAACAGACAAAGCAAUAGUCAUAUCAAUGAACAAUGUAGCCAGUACUUUGUCUGAGCUUGGUCGCCAUGAUGAAGGUAUUGACAUUUUAAACGAAGCAUUUGAUAUUGUAAAUAAGUACCCUGGUUUCCUGUCUGAUUGCCGUGAUCUCUCCAAUGAUACAAUGGGACUAGUUUAUUUACACAAAAAAGAUUUUUAUAAUGCGAUUAAAUAUUUUAAUAGAGGAUUGAAAGGGAGGCUAGAAUCGUCACCAAAUCAUAUUUGUGUAUUGGAAGAAAAAACAAGAUUGGCCGAAGCUUAUGUUGGACUGGGACAAUAUAGUGUCGCACAAACUGAUUUAGUAGAAACUUUAAAGUGCAAAGAGGGUUUCAUUAAACAAAUGCCACAGAAUACCUUUAUAUACGAUUCUUAUAAAAUAUUAAUGGAAGUUUCACAUCACCUUGGUGACAAGAAAAGUAUGGAGUCUUACUUUACAAAUUGUAAAGUUGAGAUAUACAGGCUAACUGACUUCUUUGAAGAUUUAGGUAAUUUGACUAGAGCAAAAGAAAUGGCAGAUAAUCUAAAAAUAGUACAAAAAAUAUAUCAUGAUUUUAUGAGAGGAAGGAGAGGUUAAAAUUGCAUAUGUGUUUAAAAAUCCAUAUUUAUCAUUGUAGAGGAAACUGUAUAUUAAAUUAUUUUAUCUUUUAUUUUUUAAAGUUUAAAGCAUUCUUAUUGACUUCUGUGCAAUUUUAUUUCUUUUUUUAAUUUUCAAUAUUCUUGUUAUGUUUUGAUUUAAGGUAAGAUCCCAGUUAUACAUAUUCACGAAGAUUUAUAUUCACAACAUUUUUCUACAAAAAAUAAUCAUUAAAGAUUGCAAAAUACAUUGAAUCAUUACAAAAAAGUUACUUGUACCAUACACUGACUGUAUACAAAGGGUAAAGGGCUUCAUUACUUAUACACAAACUGUAUUAUUUGUGUAUCUUAAUUUAAAGUGGUGUACUUUAGAUUUUGCUUUAAUCAUAUGACAUACAUGAAUUAUACUAUAUUUUCUGAUCAACAUUAGCAUGACUGUUGAAGUGUUCUUAAUAAUUCAAACCAUAGUGUGUUAACAAUGAGCUUUGCCUAUUCCAACAUUCUUUUGACCAAUGAGCUCUGACUUAUUCCAAGAUUAAUGUGAUCUAUUAGCUGUUUUAUUCAUUCUACCAUUUGUGUGAACUAUGAGAUUUUGUAUUCAUUCUAUCAUAGUGUGUUAACAAUGAGAUGUUCUUAAACAUUUCAGGAUUAGUGUGAACAUUGACCUGCUCUUAUUAAUACUACCAUCUGUAUGACCAAUUAUUUGUUCUUAUCCAUUCCACUAUUUGUGUUACCAAUGAUCUUUUCUCAUUUAUUCCAUUAUUUUUGUGACCAAUAAAUGAGUCUUAUUAAUUGGCCGUUUCAGAAUCUAAUGCAUCCUGGGUAAUAUUUUCAAAAGUGUACACCAAAACGCCCUGAUUGGUUUAAAAUGUCAUAAACAAUGGAAAUUUAACCAAUAAUGUGAAUUUAUUUUCAUUUUGGGGUACGAACAAUGAAAUUACCCAUGAUGCUUAAAAUUCUGAAACGACCAAUUUGACCAUCUGUGUUUCCAACGAGCUAUUAUUAUUGCUUCUGUGUUACAAAUGAGCUGUUUAAAUUUAUUCCAGCAUUUGUGGCACAAAUGAUCUAUUCUCUGUCAUUCCAUCAUCUGUGUAACCAAUGAACCGGUCUUAUUAAUUCUAUCCUUUGUAUGACCACAGUUGUUCUCAUAGAUUCCAUUAAUAAUGUGAACAAUGAAUUGUUCUUAUUCUUAUUCAUUCCACCAUCUCUGUAAUGAAUUAGCUAUUCUUAUCUUUUCCUUCAUUUGUGUGAACCAUGAGCUGAUCUUAUUCAUUCUACCAUUUUUGUGAAGCAUGAAAUUUUCUUAUUUAUUCUACUUUUUGUGUGAGCAUUGAUCUGUUAUUUUUCAUUCUUCCAUUUGUCUGACCAAUGACCUGUUCCUAUGCAUUCUAAGCAUUAUGUGACCAAACAAGUGUUCUUAUUUAUCAAAAGCAUAAUUAACCUAUCAAGUGUUCUUAUUUAACCAAAUCAUAGUAUGAUCUAUAAAAUUGCUAAUUUAUCAGUAGCAGAGUGUGACCAAUGAUUUGCUAAUUUAUUUAACUAGAUGUGACCAUUCAAAUUUGCGUAAUUCAUCUCAAUGUGACCAUUCAAAUUUGAAUAUUUAUCUCAAGCAUAAUAUGAAUAAUAAAAUUUGCAUAAUUAAUCCCAAAGUGACCAUUCAAAUUUGAAUAUUUAUCUGAAGCAUAAUACGAGUAAUAAAAUUUGCAUAAUUAAUCCCAAUGUGACCAUUCAAAUUUGAAUAUUUGUCUCAAGCAUAAAAUGACUAAUAAAAUUUGCAUAUUCAUCCUAUGCUUAUUUUUACUAUCAAUGUUGCCUAAUUAUCAGAAGAAUAGUGUGAUCAGAUAAUCAUUACUUGUAUACAUCCUUAAGCAUAGCACAACUCCUGAAAUUUGCUUAUUUAUAACCCAACCAUAAAAAGUAACCAAUGAAUGUUGCUAAUUUAUCAAAGUAUUUUGUGACCAUGUAAUUUUGCUUAUUUAUCUAUUAGCAUACCUGGCUUUUUGAUUCCAAGCAGUGUGUGACCAAUACAUUUUGCUUAUAUCCCAAGCAGUGUGUGACCAAUACAUUUUGCUUAUAUCUCAAGCAUAGUGUGACCAAUACAUUUUGCUUAUAUCCCAAGCAUAGUUUGACCAACAUAUUUUGCUUAUAUC